CAGAGGCGAACUGACCAUUUGGAAACUCGGGCACUGCUCGAGGGCCCGGGGUCAGUAGGGGGCCCCAUGAGAUGCCCCUGGUACCUUUUUCAUAGGCUUUUUUGAGUUUGGGCAAGGACACAGGGGCCCCAUGAUCCCCUCUUGCCCGGGGGCCCCAUGAGUUGUCAGUCCGCCCCUGAUAUGCCCUUUAGUGCUGCCUAUCAGUGCCCAUCAGUGCCACCUAUCAGUGCCCAUCAGUGCUGCCUCAUCAACGCACAU